AAGGGUUUAAAAAAUAUAUUUUAUUUUAUACUUUUUUUAAUUUCCCCCUUUUCCCGUUUUGUAUCACAAAGUAUCAUGGAUGUAUAUUCAAGUCCAGUUGGGGUCGGUAAUGCAACAUAUUGGAUGCCAACCGGCGUUAGAUACCAAAGAAGAAGAAGCAGAAUGCGACGUCAUCGGACUGCUGCCAGUAGAAUUGUGGUCAAAAUGUAAACAUCAGAAGGAAAAUCACAGACUAUAUGAACAGAGUUAUUAAAAGCAGCCAGGUUCUCUAAAGUCCUGCCAUUGACUGCAUUGUCGUUGUUGCCACACGAGCAGAACAAUAUGAAUCCACUCAGUUCAGAGAAGGAAACAUUGAUUGAUGACAUUGAACAGAGUUUAUUCACGUUAACCGUGGACAAUUUACGGUACCUGUGUGAACGUCAUGGCAAAGAUGGAUCUGAAAUUAAAGGGAUGAAUCAUCGCUUAUUAAGGCGUAAAGUCAUGGAGGAAAUGUGGGACAAUACGGAUUCAAUGAAAUCAGAGGAGCAGGGAAUGUCUUGGUUACUCCAUCUGAAAGAGGACAUCAGAAGGAUGCUGGAGGAUGCUAGUGGGGCACAAAUUAGUCCCAGCAAGUCCGAUGAUGAUGAUGCUAUCGACUAUGACGAAGAAUGCGACAAGGAGGACAGCGAUUGGUUGCCUAGCAAUGGACUGAAGGCGGAACACUUGAGUUCCAGCCGAUCCGAUGAUGACGCUGCAGACUGCGACAAAGACUGGGACGUGGAGGACAAGGAUUGGUUGGCUAGCGAUGGGCUGGAGGCAGAGUCAGAUCCAGAGAGGCACACUCCAGAGCAGAGAGUAAGAGAGGAUUUCCAGGACAAGCCUCCACCACCCUCCUCCCCUCGCCCAGAGUCUCCAGGUCAUGCCUUUCCCAGUAGUAUCUUACUGCAGAGUCAGAAGAGGGUGUCCGUGCGGCUGGUCGACUGCAGGAAGACACCGGGGCAGAGUAGCCAUAUAAUACACAAGACAACACAGACAGGAGAGAAACCCCACAGCUGGUCUAAUGCUGAACAACACAAAACCCUCUCAGGAGACAGGCCUGGCUCCCAUAUCUGUGAUCACUGUGGGAAGAAUUUUACCACAGCAAGAAGUCUACAACUACACCUACAGAACCUGAAGAGAUUCAGUGACACCGUCACUGCAGAGAAACCACACGUGUGCUCUGAAUGCGGUAAGGGAUUCUCUCAGGCCUACAGUCUUAAGAUACAUUGGAGAACUCACACUGGGGAGAAACCGUACGUUUGUUAUCAGUGUGGGAAGGGUUUCACUGAAUCUGGAACCUUAAAGAGACACAUCAGAACUCACACGGGAGAGAAACCUUUCCACUGCCCUCGUUGUGGGAAGGACUUUAUUGAAUCUGGAGGCUUGAAGAAACACAUCAAAAGAGCUCACCCAGGAGAGGAGGUCGUUGUCCCUCAGAAGAGCGUCCAUACAGGAGAGAAACCUUACCAUUUCUCCUCUGACGACUGUGGGAUGAGCUUUGCUACCUCACGUGAACAGAGACUACAACAGAGAAAACACACAAGAGAGAUGCUUCGCAGCACGCCUAACGCUAAGCAACGUAAGGAACCCCUCUCAGGAGAUGGCUCUCAUAUCUGUGAUCACUGUGGGAAGAAUUUUACCACAGCAAGAAGUCUAAAACUACACCUACAGUACCUGAAGAGAUACAGAGAUAACUUGACUGGAGAGAAACCACACGUGUGCUCUACAUGCGGAAAGGGAUUCAGUGAGGCUGGCAGUCUUAAGAGACACCUGAGAACUCACACUGGGGAGAAACCGUACGUCUGCCAUCAUUGUGGGAAGAACUACAAUGAUUCUGGAAACUUACAGAAACACAUCAGAACCCACACAGGUGAGAAACCUUACCACUGCUCGGAUUGUGGGAAGAAUUUCCGUGUAAAAAUAAGCCUUGUACAUCACCAGGAAAUUGUUCACACAGACCACCCUCACCGCUGUGGUCAAUGUAAGAAGAGUUUCAUAACUGCAGAAAGACUGGAAUCACACAUUAAGACACGACACCCGCCUAAUGAUCCUCUGAAGAACCCACAUGUGUGCUCUGAAUGUGGAAGGGGAUUCAGAUAUGCCGACAAUCUUAAAAUACACCUGAGAAUCCAUACCGGGGAGAAACCGUACGUCUGCCCUCGUUGCGGUAAGGAUUUUACUCAAUCUGGACUCUUACAGAGACACAUGAGAACUCACACGGGAGAGAAACCCUAUCACUGCUCAGUGUGCGGGAUGAAGUUUCGUCAUACAAUCUCGCUAAAGCAGCACCACCUGAAGAACCACAAGGGGGAGACACUGGGUCCAGUCCGUAUGCACCAAGGCCCUCUUCCAUGCCCCCACUGUGGGGAGAAGUUCUCUACCAAGGCUCUUCUGAAGGAUCACAUGCAGAAGACCCACAACAGCCGUGUCCACUGCCCACAGUGCGACAAGACCUUCUCCACUAAACGUAAUUUACUAGUCCACCAGAGGAAGCACACUGGAGAGAGGCCUUACCUUUGCCCUCAGUGUGGGAAGAGUUUCUCCCUGACAGGGAGUUUAAAACUUCAUCUCCGGAUUCAUGCGGGUGAGAAACCUUACUGCUGUACUUACUGCGACAAGAGCUUCACAAGUAAGAGCCACUGCACUCUUCACCUGCGAAUCCACACUGGAGAGAAACCGUACCAAUGCCCUGACUGCGGGAGGAGGUUUCGUGAUGGGAAUGUCUUGAAAAACCACCGGCGGACCCACACAGGAGAGAAACCGUUCCAGUGCCGCUUGUGUGAUAAAGCCUUCGCCCAGUUGAGCAGUCUGAAGAAACAUCAGGAGACACACAGGCAAACUCAGCCUGUCUCUGUCCCAAGACUCCCUAAUCCCUACCCACCACCCAAUCAGCAUGUCCCUUACCCCUACCCACAUCACACUCCAUUGUAACCUGGUUUACACCUGUCCAAUCCAUUACAGGUGUGUUUACUACUUCAAGGAAACAAGAUGUGAAGCUUGUGUUUUUUUUUAAAGGGGGGUAUUUUGAUGUUGUAGUUGUUUUUAAUGGAGACAGGUUAGAAGUAGAGGGGGAGACAGAUGAGGAGGGAAGACAGUGAAGAGUAGAUGCAGGGAUUGAACCCUGGUCUCCAUUGGGGAGGCUGAGGCAUACAUAGAGCAUCCAGCUGUGCUACCACAAGACUACAGGCUAUAUGUACUAGAGCUGGGACAUUAAACCCAGAAUGAUCUACAGCGAACAUACCAAUCACUUAUUGCGUUUUGCUCUGUUAUUCAUUACGAUAAAUAUACCAGAACGUUUCAAAUGAAACAGGUUUGUUAAUAUGGCUGAUUGUUCAUGGUACAAUUCAUGGCCAGAACCAUCCAACUAGUAGCAGUAUUUUUAAAAGGAUAAUUGAUUAAUUACCGUGGUGCUCGUUGAUGUUAUAAACGUAUUGUUCUGUAUGUCGUUAUCCACAUCAGUUUAGGCAAUUUAUGACGAUAUGGAGAUAUGUGACCAUAUCGCCCGCAGCUCUACUGUGCAUCUCUGUAAAGGUAUUGGAACAGAACCCUGGACUUAGAACCCCCGUCCAACUCCAACCAACCCCCCCCCCACCCACCCCCACCUAUCACAUCCCGUUUGGCCCUCACCGUUCCGACAUGGAUCUAAACGCAGGGGAUUGUUACAAGCAUCAGGCUGAAGAGAGCUUCCACCAUUGGUCAAAUCCAUUCCAGAAUAAGGAGCAUCUCAAUUUCCUCACGUCGGCUUCUCAAAAACCCAUUGGAUGAGAAGGUCAGAGGUUCCCCAUCCGCUCUGACUUUCUUAUCCAAUGGGUUUUGAGAAGGAGGCGAGGAGAGAGGACGCGAGGAAUCAAAGGCAAUUGAAGAUUCUCCCAAAGAGUUCAAAUUUGUCACACUUGUGGAGAAUCGGGAUACCCGCCCAUGAAGUAGAACUUGAUUACAACUGACCUCCUGUCACUGGACCACUGGACAAAGUAUUGGAUCAGUUCCAGGUUCUGAUUCCAGGUUCUGAUUCCAGGUUCUGAAAGGCUCAUCUUCAAACAUUCUAAAUGACUCCAUAGAAUUCCAUAGCAGUGUUUCCUGUAUAAAUAUUACUGGGAAAGGUAUUGCACUUUGUCUGUUUCAAACAUAAAUUAUUAUACUCUGAUCACAAUCUUGCCUAGGAGUUUUUUUGUAUUAACGGGUUGACAGUUAAAUCAAAUUGUAUUGGUCACAUACACAGUUCACAGCAGGUAUAAAAGAUGCAGGGAUAUGUGAAUGUGCUAGUUCCCUCCACAAUACAGUACAUAACAACAAG